AUGGAGAACAGGACACAGGUGACAGCCUUCCUCCUGCUGGGCCUGACCGACGACCCCCGCCUGCGGCUGCCCCUCUUCCUCACCUUCCUCCUCAUCUACGUCAUCACUGUGCUUGGGAACCUGGGCUUGGUCCUGCUGAUCCUGCUGGACCUGCGUCUGCACAGCCCCAUGUACUUCUUCCUCGGGAACCUGGCGCUGGUGGACUUCUGCUCCUCCUCGGUUGUCACUCCCACAGUCAUGACUGAACUGCUUACAGGAAACAAGGUCAUUUCUUAUAAUGCCUGUGCCGCUCAGAUGUUCCUGUUUGCAGCCCUCAUUUGCUCAGAAAAUUACCUCAUGGCUGCCAUGGCCUUUGACCGCUAUGCGGCAGUGUGCAGACCCCUGCACUACACCACCACCAUGACCAAGAGUGUGUGCAUAGGGCUCAUCUCCGGCUGCUAUGCCUGCUCCUUCCUGAAUGCCUGCAUCCAAACUGGGGACACAUUUAGUCUCUCCUAUUGUAAAUCCAAUUUGGUCCAUCAUUUUUUCUGUGAUAUUCCAGCACUCAUGGCUCUGUCCUGCUCUGAUAAGCAUAUUACUGAGCUGGUUCUUGUUUAUCUCGUGAGCUUCCAUAUCUUUUUUGCCAUGUUUGUUAUUUCAACAUCCUACGUCUUCAUUUUUGUCACCAUCCUGAGGAUGCACUCGGCUGCAGGACAUCGCAAGGCGCUGUCCACCUGUGCCUCCCACUUCACUGCCGUCUCCAUCUUCUACGGCACUAAUAUCUUCAUGUACUUACGGCCCACCGCCAGUCAUUCCAUGGACAAUGAUAAAAUCUCCUCUGUGUUCUACACUAUCAUCAUCCCCAUGCUCAAUCCCAUGGUCUACAGCCUGAGGAACAAAGAGGUCAAGAACGCAUUGAAGCAAGUUUUAUAUAAAGCAAAAAUUAAUAUGUUGAAAGACUAUUCCAACAAAUUAAAAUACCUUAAAAAAUCAAUUGGAGGGACCCUGCACUGGAGGAAUAGAAAUUUCAUGGACUGCAAGCAUGUGCUAAUAGUUACAAUUGGAUUUUUAAAGUUCCCUACGCCAGGAAGCAUGCUGCCCCCGCGAUCGCACCACCAUCUGAGCACGCAGAUGAGCUUGGAUGGCGGGACGCAGACCCACACUCGACCUGACCCAAAGCCGGUGCUGCCUCGACACCGUGGCCAGCGAGCACAGACGGGCUGGUGGCACCAAUCUUGGGACAGCGAGGAGAGCCUGUGA